GUACGUUGCUACAAGCGUCCCGUCAAACUAGAACGGAAGUACUGGAGCUGUAUGACUAUGCCGCCGUCCACACUGAAGCGAGUCACAUCGACAGAUCGAGACGUGUCGCCGCCGCCAGCCAAACGAAGGGCUGUGGCAACAACGGCUGCGAACUUCUUCACUCCAACCUCCCAGAAAGCGCCGGAGAAGGUUACCUUCCAUGUACUGCAUGACACGCUUCUGGUUGGCCGUUAUAAUGAGAGACCAACCAUUUCAAAACUUGUAAAGAUUGCUGCCUUUGACUUCGAUGACACAUUGGUCAUGACGAAGUCGAAGAACAGGUUUGCCAGAGGAGCAGACGACUGGCAAUGGUGGCAUACGACUGUCCCAUCCCGCCUGAAGAAGCUCCAUCAGGACGGCUACGUGAUUGUCGUCAUGUCAAACCAAGCUGCGGUCAGUCUACGCCCCACCAGUAAGACACCGAAAGAGGGCAUGCGCAGUCUCAACAACCUCAAAGGCCGAGUUACUGCUGUACUGAAUGCGCUAGAUUUGCCAAUCACUGUAUAUGCGGCUACUGAUCACGACAUCUUCCGGAAACCUAGACCUGGCAUGUGGGAGCAAAUGCUUAGAGACCAUGGUUUGUUGGAUGCGGGUGACAUAGACCACGAGAAAUGCAUCUUCGUUGGCGAUGCAGCAGGUCGAGAGGCGGAUAAAGCUGCUGGCAUUCGGAAAGAUCACUCAUGCUGCGAUCGCGAUUUCGCUGCGAACGUCAAUAUGCCGUUCCGCACUCCGGAAGAAUACUUCCUUGGAGAGAGGGUGAAGCCAUUCGUGCGCGGUUUCGACCCAGCCGCAUAUGUUGCAUCCAGGCCGACGUCUGAAAUAGACCGCAGCAAUUUCGCUAAGAAGCACGAUGUGGAGAUAGUUCUCCUCUGCGGCAGUCCUGGAGCCGGGAAGUCCACAUUUUAUUGGCAGCACCUGCAACCUCUUGGCUACGAGCGGGUGAACCAGGACAUACUGAAAACCCGCGAGAAGUGCAUGAAGGUUGCAGCAGAAUACGUGUCGAGCGGUCACUCUGUCGCUGUCGACAACACCAACGCAGAUAUUGAGACUAGGGCGGCUUGGGUGGGCCUGUCGAAGCAACUGAAGGUUCCCAUUCGUCUUGUUCAUUUCACAGCGUCUGCAAAGCUCUGCGAACACAACGAUACUGUGCGAGCCUUGGCUGGGGACUUGAUGAAUCCCGAGAAGAGGACGAUGCUUCCGAAAUUGGCAUUCACGGGGUACGCUGCUCGAUAUCGCGAACCGAAGGUAGAGGAAGGCUUCGAUGACAUAACAGAGAACGACUUCAAGUUUGAAGGCUCGGAAGCACAGAAAGCACAAUGGGUGAGAUAUUGGGUGUCGUAACUUUAUUCCUUGAUAGUUGCUGAUAGCAUGGUCUCCGAAACCGUCCGAAAACUUCUUGCCACCAAUGGAGAAGCUCGGCAACCAGGCUCCGCUGUGCUCGGAAGAGGACGUCGUGUGCCCCAGCUCCAGACGGGGAAGUCGUCCGCAGGGCACAGCAGCACGCGGACUUCCAAGAACCUGGUACAGGGGACUGCCAUUCUACGGU